AUGAACAACAAAAACAGUAUAAACAAAAAUGGCGAGAAUAAGGAAGAGGUGGUUGGGGGGUGGUUUGAAGAGGGACUGUCCACUGCUCCCUCCACUUCGGGCUCGGAACUUCAUGGUCCUCUGACCCCCACUUCCUCCUUCGUGAUGGUAGCUCGUCAUUGGUCGGUUCCUGCUGAUCAGAAGAACAAAGUGGUGACGGCGUUAAGAGGAUGCUGCAGUCAAAUCGUCUCCAACUUCAUUGGUCAACAAAACAAGGCCAGUGCAGCGGUUUCAGCGCUCGAGCAAAUGCAUUUUGAUGUGUUUUUGAAUUCUUCGAGGUGUUGUAGCGUGAGUCAGGCCUGCGCCGAGCAAGCUCUGUGCCUACAUAGGAGCACGGGACAGCCACCAGGAUACUGUUUGUCUAACAUGUUAAACUGCAACAAUCACAACUACCACAAAACAUCAUCAACAUUUCAAAAGAAGAUUUCAUGCCCACCAAACAGGGUCCCACUGUAA